UUUUCUCUGCCUGAAUGAGGAAGUCCGGAGGGGUGGGCGCGACACCGUAUAUAAUCGCGCGCCUGCUCUUCCUCCUGCUUCACUACCCGGUCCCUGCAAGCCGCUCAGUCUAUAGGUGUUUAUAGUCAAAUCAGUGCUGUAGAACCAUGGCGUGGGAUGGCUAUAUAACCAACCUGAUGGCGGGAUCACCUCCCUUUGUGCAAGAGGCAGCGAUCUGUGGUUCUGAGGCGGGGAAGGAGUCGGUCUGGGCAGCAACACCUGGAGGUCAACUGGCUGGUGUGACGGUUGCAGAGAUCAAGGCGAUGAUGUCAACGGAUCGUUCUCCUCUCUUCGCCAGUGGUCUUCAUCUCGGUGGGAACAAGUGUACUGUCCUGAGAGAUAAUCUCCACACUGAUGAGGACAACACUUUAGAUGUUAAGAUGAGGCCCACUGCUACUGAUCCCCUCUCCUACAGCAUCACCAUCGCAAAGACUGUCCAGACUCUGAUCAUUGUUAAAGGGAUGAAGGACAUUCCUGGAGGAAAGAUCAACAUAAAGGCCUCCGACAUGAAACAAUACCUGAGGAAGAAUGGCUACUAACGCUUGACCCCUGACCCCGACACUCCCCUUAGAUGCUGGUCUUGGUUCAGUUUAGCAUUCCCCCACUAAUGGUUAAGGUUAGGAUUGGGGGAAGCUCAUCUGUGCCUAGUGGAAAUGUCAUCCCAGCAGCCUCAGUGCCUUGUUGUUUUUGAUGAUGAUGAUAUGCAAAUGAUCAAACAUGUGAAAUUAUCAUAGUGGCAAAUAAACAGAUUUAUUCUAAGAAAAUA